AUGAUCGGCUCAGAUUUUAUAGACUACUUAUCCAAGUUUCAAGUCACUACCUAUGUUGGCGUUGAGGAUUUUGCAGACAAAUUCAAUUUCCUUAUUACAACUUUGAUUUUGAUUCUUUGUGCAACAAUUGUUACUGUUAAACAAUAUAUGAUGAAGCCAAUUUCAUGUUAUAUGGCGACAGAUUUGGGCGGAAAAAAUUUAUUGGAUUAUGUAGAAAACUACUGCUGGGUCCAGGGUACAGUCCCUAUAACAUAUUCAGGAAAAGUACCAGAAACAGAUGCAGGUUGGGAAGAAUUAGAAAAACAUAAACUAC